AUGCUGCAGGGCCAGGGCCUGCUGAAGAGCCGCUGCUGCCUCCUGCUCAGCGAGCUCAGGGUGCUGCUGCUCGGGCCGCACGCCCCCUCCACGCCGCUGCCCCCCUCCCACGUCCUCACCCCUGUCGGCGGGGGACAGGCGGAAGACCACCAGGCCGCCAGCGGGGGCGGCGUCCCAAUGGGGGCCACAGUCUCGGACAACAACAACACGUUGGUGCGGGGCCACCAUCAGCCGGCGGGGGGGCCCGGGCCGGGCUGGGUGGACGCGGCGGAGCUGUCGGCGGCGCUGCGCGUGUGCAGCUCCUCCCCCGAGGAGCGCACCAAGGGCCGGCUGGAGGAGAGGUACUCCAUGAGCAGCUUCAGCGAGAGCGGCUUCAGGACCCCCGUGUGCAGGAUCUGCUUCCAGGGGCCCGAGUAUGGGGAGCUGCUGAGCCCGUGUCGGUGCUGCGGCUCGGUGCGCUGCACCCACCACCCCUGUCUCAUCAGGUGGAUCAGCGAGCGAGGGUCCUGGGCCUGCGAGCUCUGUUACUAUAAGUACCAGGUGAUCGCCAUCAGCACCAAGAACCCCCUGCAGUGGCAGGCCAUCUCCCUGACGAUGAUCGAGAAGGUGCAGAUCGCGGCGGCCGUCCUGGGCUCUCUGUUCCUCAUGGCCAGCAUCUCCUGGCUGGUAUGGUCGUCCUUCAGCCCCUCGGCGCGCUGGCAGCGGCAGGACCUGCUCUUCCAGAUCUGCUACGGGAUGUACGGCUUCAUGGACAUCGUGUGCAUCGCGCUCAUCAUCCACGAGGGCCCGUCGGUGUUCCGUAUCUUCCACCGCUGGCAGGCAGUCAACCAGCAGUGGAAGGUCCUGAACUAUGACAAAUCUCAGGACCGCGAGGACCUGAAGGACCCGGCCGCCGGCGACAGGACUCUCUCUCCGCCGGGUCCGGGGGCAGACUCCCAGCCCCCCGGGGUGGGGGCAUCCUCCUCCACCGUCUCCCUGAUGGUUGGGGUCUCCUCACCCCCGGGCUCCACCGUGACGUCCGGUGGGGGGGCGGGGCCCCAGGGCGACCCCGGCGAGGCGGCCGGACCCCCGGACCAACAUGGCCCCUACAACAUCCUCAACCUGCUCAGCCACCUGAGGGCGCCGGAGCCCCGCGGCCCACCAAGCGCCCCCCCUGGCGACGCCCCGCGGGAGCUGGUCAUGAGGGUCACCACGGUCUGA